AUGUAUAAAGAUAUUAAUAAUUAUAUUAAAUCAUGUAUUCUAUGUGCACAAUUUAAUCCUCGUCGACAAAAAAAUCCUGGUACAUUAAGACCUAUUAAACCUCCUGAUGGAGUAUGGCAAUUAGUAUCAAUGGAUUUUCAUGGACCUAUUACUCCAACAACUCAACGUGGAAAUAAAUAUAUUAUAUCUCUUACUGAUGUUUUAUCAAAAUUCGUCGUUACUAAAGCUGUACGUGAUAAUACAGCUCAAACUGCAGUUAGAUUUCUUAAAGAAGAUAUUAUAUCAAAAUUUGGAACACCUCGUUGUAUUCUUACUGACAAUGGAACUCAUUUUACUUCAACAUUAAUUGAUGAAUUAAUUAAACAAAUUGGAGCAACACAUUUAUAUUCAACACCAUAUCAUCCUCAAACUAAUGGUCAAGUUGAAAGAUACAAUUCAACUAUGGAUGCAAAAAUUGCAGCCUUAUCAAAUUUACGAAAAACAGAUUGGGAUGAUCAAUUACCAUUUGUAACAUUUAAUUACAAUGCUUCAAUUCAUUCUUCAACAAAACAAGUACCAUUCGAAAUGAUGUACGGUCGAUCGCCCGUCUUACCAUUCGAUUAUCAAGAUACAAAUGUUAAUAUUUCAUACGAUUCUGAACAUGCGAAAAAGCUUAGUCAAUUUUUAUCAAAAUUAAACGAGCAAGCAAGAAUUAAUAUUAUAAAAAAUCAAGAACGAUAUAAACAACGUUAUGAUAUGAAUCGCUCUGAUCCAACCUACAACAUCGGUGACUUAGUUCUUGUGAAAACAAUCAACAUCCGUUAUAAAUUUGAUGUUCGUUAUGAAGGACCCUUUAGAAUUAUUCAAACAAUUACACCUAAAACAUUUAUUGUUCAACACGUCAAAAAACCGACAUUAUAUCGGCAAGUUACAACGGACGUGUUACUACCAAUAUUUAAACGAAUUUAUUAA